AUCCUCCCCUCAAAGUCAUACGUUCCUCUUCCAGUUCCCAAUUAUUGUCAGAGAAUAAGAAGAAGAAGUGGCCAAAAGGUCCAUCCUUUUCUGGGCGGGUUGCUUCAGAGACUGGGUGGGUUGCCUUUGGAAUUCGAUUUCGAGAAACAAGCAUCGUUUUCUCACGGAAGGGCUCUCUCUCUCUCUCUCUCUCUUUUCUGGAAUCAGUUUUCCUUUGCAAUCGGAUUUUACUGGAUCGAUUUGGGAUUCCCGGGCUAAUCCUCCGCAGUGGAUCUAAUUUUUUGCUUUCUGGGUCUUUCUUGAAUUGAAUGCAUGGGAGCAGUGGUUGUCUAGUUAGGCAUGCUAAAACCAAACAGGAAACCUCAGUGAAUGAGCCACUGAAAGAAAGAUCAAAUAAAAAUCUGACAGAAAGGAAACCUAGUAUAUCAGAGGACUUCUGGACCACCAGCACGUGGGAUAUGGACAAUAGUGCAGUUCUGUCACAAGGAAGCAUAUCGUCAAUCAGCACAAACCAGACCCUUGAUCCGCAUGGUGGUUCUGGCAGCAGUAGUGCCCCUUCUGAAUUUGUAAAUCAUGGUCUUCUUCUCUGGAACCAGACUAGGCAGCGUUGGGUAGGGAGUAAAAAGCCUGAGAAGCAGCCACAGCAAAUUCGGGAACCCAAAUUAAGAACUCUUUGUUUCAGCAUCGUUAAAUCAUUCUGCCUUUGCAGUUGGAAUGCAACAUAUGAAAAUUUACUGGGGAGUAACAAGCCUUUCACUCAGCCUAUCCCUCUCUCUGAAAUGGUAGAUUUUCUAGUGGACAAUUGGGAGCAAGAAGGGUUGUACGAUUGAGAGCAGCAGAGGUACUAGAAAUUUUAAAGUUUGCUAGUUUUUCAAAGUUGAUCCAAGUGUUUGUUACAUUUUUACUGCCUCCUAGUAAAUAGGAAGCGAUAGCAUGGCUUGUACAUCAACUAUACCAUCAUUAUUGCUUGCUUCUCUCUGGAUUCAAACUCUGAGGGCAUUUUUUUUUGUUCCCUUGUAUUGCUCUUAGACUGAUUUAUAGGAUUGGAUUCUUCCACUGUUCAUGGUGGGCGAUUUUGCAAAAGUUAUUUCCUGUUUGAAUGGCUCACUACCAUUUGAAACUACCAGCAAGAA